UCCAAAAAGCAGCGUGGCUGCAGAAGCGCCAGGGCUGUAUCCGAUGCACCGUCCACUCUCCUCUGCGGAGUCAAAGGAUGCUUCGUUUUUGGGAAAGGACAGGCUGUCAAGUGGCUGUAGUUUGACGACUGACUCUACAAGUCCACGGCGAUAUCACUCUAAGUAUUAUUUCCCGCAUCUAACGUUAAAAGUUCGUCUGUGAGUGAAUUCCGGAUUUUUCUAUCAAGAAUUUGUGAAUGAACCACAUUAUAAACAUGCUGAACUGAAGAGGACUGGCAUGGUGAGGCAUCCAAACAGAUGGCGCCACUCCAAGGAUAUUACCCUAAAUCUGCUGAGCCUACUGGCAUCAGGGACUGAACUGGGACCAACAGAACCAGCUCCUUUAAUCUAGGCUUCAAGAGCCUUGUGCGUUUGGUGCAAAAUACCCUCAAGUGCUUCUGCUCCAUACUUGAAGUGAAGAAAAAACCAUUAGGGAAUUUUGCAUUUUUGCUUGUUUUUCAGCUUGAUGUUGCUGAUGCUUUGGGAAAAAAAAGUUUACUCCAGUAAGGAUCAGUCAUCUACAGGAAGAUUCAGAGACUUUUGCUCAUGUGACAACUGAAUAGUCCUAGGUUAUCAUAUGGAGGCACAUCUAGUCGUCCAAACUGAAUAGAUUUAUCUGAUAAAUCAUUGACUACUCAAUGGUUAAUCUUCGUCAUGUAAUAUUGCAACAGCUGCUAAAGAAUCCAUUCUGUUGGACAUGAUUCGAAGCUAAUUACAGUAUGAAAAUGGGGGAAUUGCUGCAUUUCGAAAUGAGACCAAUUACUUUCUAUGACGUGAAAUCCCAAUACCAUUGUUUCUCCCACUUCAGCUUGCCUCCCUCAGUGUUUCACGGCAUGGAAACCGCAUAGGUUAGGUCUUUGUAUUUAUCAGGAAUGGAGAGUUGCACAAUCACGGAAAUAUUCCCAGGUCUUCAUCUUGAUGUAGUCCUGGAAUUCCCCGUAUAAAAGCAGGUUUCAUUGUUUUUCUUUUCAAUUAUUUAAGAUCAAAGAAACUAUCCAUACAAAAAAAAAAACAACAGCCCAAAACCGGGAAUGAGAAACUUUAAAAAGCAUCAUCCUUAUAUUUUCAGACUUCUGCUGAUUUCCUACAUGCAGUAUAAUUAUCUGCAGAUAUUCGACAGAUUAAGAUUUUAAGAUGGCAAAAGUGCCUUGGCCUUUUUGAGAAGACAUAUAUAAACUAAAAACCAAGCUUAACGUGUUAAUUUUUGAUUUGGAACUCGCAACCAACCAGAAGAGCGAGGACGUCACUUCAGUACCGUCUAUAUUUCUUUGAAUUUUCAACCAAUGUAGCACGGAGAGAGGGGAGUUCAUCAUGGUUCCAACUCAGGGACUGCAGAUCUCUUUGCUUUUUCUGGUUCUGGGCAGCUUGCAUUGUGGUAGCUGUGAACCAUCAGCGGAUACAAGGACUAGUAGCAAAGCCAGUGGAAAAGUGGAGGACGAAGGGACAAUGUCCCAUGAGAGAGUGAAGAGGGGCUGGGUGUGGAAUCAGUUCUUUGUGGUGGAGGAGUACACUGGGACGGAACCUCUCUAUGUUGGAAAGAUCCACUCAGACUCCGAUGAGGGCGAUGGGUCGAUAAAGUACACCAUUUCUGGUGAGGGGGCAGGUACCAUCUUCAUCAUUGAUGAGAUCACAGGAGACAUCCACGCCACCGAGAGGCUCGAUCGCGAGGAGAAGACUUACUAUACUCUCCGUGCCCAGGCCAGGGACCGCCUCACAGACCAGCCCCUUGAACCAGAGUCUGAGUUCAUUAUCAAGGUUCAGGACAUCAAUGAUAGUGAACCCAAGUUCCUGGAAGGGCCUUACAUUGGCAGCGUCCCCGAGUUGUCGCCUAUCGGUACGUCAGUGAUGAAGGUGACGGCUUCGGACGCGGAUGACCCCACGUACGGCAGCAGUGCCCGGGUGGUGUACAGUGUGCUUGAGGGGGAGAAGUACUUCACCGUGGACAGCCAGACUGGAGUCAUUCGGACAGCGGUGGCCGAUCUGGAUAGAGAGACGCAGGACCGCUACGAGCUGGUCGUCAAGGCGACCGACAUGGCAGGCCAAAUGGGCGGGCUCUCUGGAUCGACUACGGUGACCAUAGUGAUAACAGAUGUGAAUGACAACCCACCACGUUUCCCUCAGAAGAUGUACCAGUUCUCCGUCUCUGAGGGUGCAGCUGUUGGGACAGCAGUGGGAAGAGUGAUGGCCACUGACGCCGACAUGGGAGAGAACACAGACAUGAGCUACCUGAUCAGGGCUGAGGACGGAGGCGAGCUCUUCCGAGUGUCUACAGAUGGGGAGACGCAGGAAGCGGUCAUCACCAUCCAGAAGCCCUUAGAUUAUGAGAACAUGCAGACCCAUAGAGUUGUGGUGGAAGCUGUCAACAAGCAUGUAGAUCCCCGCUUUGUGGACUUGGGCUCCUUCCGGGACCAGACCAUUGUGGUCAUCACUGUGUCGGAUACUGACGAGCCGCCGCUCUUUCGACCAUCGGUGGGGGCCAUCAUGGAGGUGCAUGAGGAUGCGAGGGUGGGGACGCUGGUGGGAAUUGUGACCGCGGUGGACCCCGAUGUGGAAAAUGCCCCUGUCAGGUACUCUAUUGACCGGGGCACCGACCAAGAGAAGAUCUUCAACAUUGACGCGGUGACAGGUGCCAUCACCUUGGGGAAGAUCCUGGACAGGGAGACUGCAGGCUGGCAUAACAUCACUGUGACGGCUGUGGAAGCAGAUAACCAUUCCCAGGCCUCCCAGACCACAGUCAGCAUCCGCAUCCUGGAUGUUAACGACAACCCCCCCGAACUGGCCACCCCCUAUGAGACCUCCAUCUGUGAGGACGCCAAGCCUGGGCAGCUCAUUCAUACCAUCAGCGUGGUGGACAAGGACGAGCCGCAGUCGGGCCAUCGCUUCUACUUCACGCUAGUGCCCGAGGCAGCCAAUAACCGACAUUUCACACUCUGGGACGUCAAAGACAACACAGCCGGUGUCAGGACCCAGCGUGCCGGCUUUAACCGCCGUGAGCAGAACGUCUACCUGCUGUCCAUCCAGGUGGUGGACGGCGGCUCGCCCGCACUCAGCAGUACAGGCACGUUGACCAUCAACGUGUGUGGCUGCGACACGGAUGGGACCAUCCAGUCCUGCAACGGCACGGCGUACGUGGCGUCGGCUGCGCUGAGCCCCGGCGCGCUCAUCGCCCUCCUCGUUUGCGUGCUCAUUCUCAUCGUCCUAGUGCUCCUGAUCCUUACGUUGAAGCGGCAGCGUAAGGGCCAGCGGAUGUCGGAGGACGAGGAGGACAUGCGUGACAAUGUCAUCAAGUACAACGACGAGGGUGGCGGAGAGCAGGACACACAGGCGUACGACAUGAGCGCACUGCGCAGCCUCUAUGACUUUCCCGAGGUGAAAGGCUCCGAAUCAGGGCCGGACUUGCGCUCGCUGCCCCAAUGGAUCCAGAGCCGGGUCACGGGAGAUGGGGGUCCAGCGGAUUUCUCGUUAUUCCGAGGUUACAUCCGCAAGAAGGUGGAGCAGGCAGACGCCGACCUCUCAGUGCCACCCUAUGACUCCUUCCAGACGUACGCUUUUGAGGGCUCCAGCUCACCCGCCCUCUCCCUCAGCUCCAUCCACACCCUCUCCACUGCUUCUGAGCAGGACUUCUCCUACCUCAGCGACUGGGGGCCUCGCUUCCGGCAGCUGGCUGGCUUUUAUGUGCCGGGCCACCUCGAGGAGGAUGCCUCCUAGCAUCCUCACUCUCACAAAACACCAACUCCCAGCAUUCCACUGUGCUUGCAACCCGUCCCAUGAGAAACCAUUAGGAAACUUUAUUUGCAUCCUCAGCCCCCAACCCAUACCCUGUUUCAGUUCUUUAAUUGCAAAAACACAAGGUUCAAAUAUGUUACUUUUAUAGAAAAAAACUGGCGACUUGGCAACUGUUACUUUAAGAACCUGACAUUACUGGAACGUAAAUGGCCACAUCCAGCAUCUAAUAUAUAUUUCCUUGUUUAUGUGUCUAUUCUCCUUUCCUAUAAGCAAGUGUUCACUGUGCCAAUUACAUUUUUUGCCGUGUAAAAACUGAACCUCUAGAUUCGUUACCUUUGGAAA